UUUUUUUCCCCCUUCUAAUCUCCCAUACAUCGGAGCCGCUGUUGUUGAAGUCCGUGCGCCUGUGUCGUACACCGUCCGCAUUUGCCGCUAGACAAGGGGACACUGACAGAGCAACAGAGAUACACCUGCUGGAAACACUUGUUUGGAUCAAAAUGGCAGAUCAACUGACAGAAGAACAAAUCGCUGAGUUCAAGGAGGCGUUCUCCUUGUUUGACAAGGACGGUGACGGCACCAUCACCACCAAGGAGCUGGGAACAGUCAUGAGGUCACUGGGUCAGAACCCCACUGAGGCUGAGCUGCAGGACAUGAUCAACGAGGUCGAUGCUGACGGCAACGGCACAAUUGACUUUCCUGAGUUUCUGACGAUGAUGGCGCGCAAGAUGAAAGACACAGACAGCGAGGAGGAGAUCAGAGAGGCCUUCAGAGUUUUCGACAAGGAUGGAAACGGCUACAUCAGUGCCGCUGAGCUUCGUCACGUGAUGACCAAUCUUGGCGAGAAGCUGACGGAUGAAGAGGUCGAUGAGAUGAUCCGAGAAGCAGACAUCGAUGGAGACGGCCAAGUCAACUAUGAAGAGUUCGUUUCCAUGAUGACUGCGAAGUGAGCCAGAAUCUGCAGUCACUUUCUGCGGCAUGUGCCUCCAUUUGUAGCAAGUAUUAAGAACGAUUUACGGGGAAAUAACACAGCUUAAGUCAUUGGAAUGGUAACAUAAAAAAACAUAUAGGUUUUUUCGUACAUAAAACGUGUUUACCAGAUUACCGCAGAGUCCAUUUUGUGGUUUUUUUUUCAAGUUACCAAACACAUUCAAGAUUUUGCUCCUUUUGUUCAAAAUUUCGGUCUGCUUCAAUGAGGAUUCUAUGGAUCCAUGGGUAUUUUAUUCAGUAACAUCUAAUUGGUUUUAAAAUGUAAAUUUGGGCUGGUGUGCAAUGUUACGCUUGUAAAAAGACCAAAAGUUUGUAUGAGGGUCGCAUCACAACGCUGGGGCAUUAUCAAGGGUUGUGUAGCCGUCAAGUGUAAAGUCUUUCAAAUAGAAUUUUCAUCUCAAAAUCCAAAUCCGAAGGCUAUGGGUUGACCCGUUAUUUGAUCUUGCUUUGCUCACGAGACCACCGUUGUUUCGCCUGCUGUUUACGUCGUUUUAAUUUGAAUGUUUUUUUCUCGGUGUCUUUGACCUGACAUCGAACUUGUUCAAGGUGAAGUAAUUUGUGUUGAUAGACCUAGACUGAGUGUUGCCCUGCCGAUAUUUUGCUUACUACAUAGAACCGCUCAAAGAACUCCUUAGUGUACAAAGAGGGUAUCUUACUAAUAAUAUAGCAUUAUCUAAUAUUUUAAUUUAUCUUUUAUGAUCGUUCUUUUAGAAUAUAACUACAUGGUGUAUAUUUGACGUCAAUUCACAAGCUAUUGCCUAUAAGAUACCACCUUGAACGAAGACAUAUUUGUUAUAUUUUCAACAACGGAAUGUCAAUUUUUGCAUUCCUAAAAAAGCCUUUGAGAGAAAAGUCUUUUACUGAUACAUUGUUAUAGUUAGAAGCGCCCUCUGUCUGUAAAUAAGGGCGAGCUGCUGCAGGCAUGCAGACUAACAGUGAGAAAAAGCUUGAUUAUUCAGCUCAAGUCGUAUUCAGUGCUUAAUUUACAUUGACGGUGUGGUAUGAAAUUUGGACUCUAUGAAAUACGCCCUCAAGUGCAUGCCUGAGAUAAUUAGGACAGUGACGGGUCUCGUGUCAGGGAUUUAUAGAGUCCAUAGAAGGUAAAAAAAGACCAGGUUUCGUGGAAGUCCAAAUUUUAUAUUACAACGGCACUAUAGUACUUUAUAAAAACAACACAAAACUACUGCUCAGUAUUUGAAUGCCUGAAGGUCUAUAGAGGGCGCUGUGCACAACAGGUAGUUAACAAUAUGUAAACAUGUACUUUUGGAUUACUUAAAGAUCAUUCCCCAAAAUAGUUAGAUGAUUCUACAGUUUACUAAAAUCAUUAUAAUUUUUUAAAAACAUAAUUAUGUCAAUAUUCCUCUCAAAUCAUGUACCAUUCAACUUGAUACUGAAAAACAUUCCGUGCUACGCUCUUAUUUAGCCAAACAUCGAAUAUUUUUGUACUUACAGAGUUUGAAAUACUGCACUGAUACAUCUGCCAAAGAAAUGAUAUAUAGCUCGGUUUAUGUAGUUAGAAACAAAGAACAUCUAAGGGAAUUACAUGUAAUCGCCCUGAAGAGAUUGAAAGGUGCAAUAUGACGUCACGGUUCUGCUCGCAUUCAUUGUUGUAUCAAAUAAAUUCAUUGCGUUCUGAUCAAAACAGUGCUGGACAACUGCCAACUGUGUUGCAAAUGCAUCUCAAACUUCAUUUCUCUGAUAGUGCAUCAUGUUGUCAUCGUCGAUAAUUACGAAUAAAGUCGAUGGACGGUCGGAAAUCA